AUGGAUUCGGACGCCAUUUUGACCUUUCCGUUACGCAAGGCAUCAUGGAUUAAACGGGUCGCCGAGAUCCAUGGGAUAUUCAAUAUGGCGGAAGACACAUUGAGACGGUCGUGUGAAAAUGGGGACAAUUCCUACUUAUUUGAUUUGGCUGGAAACAAUGUUAAAUGGAAAACGAUAUCUCUGACUCACGUUGAAUAUCCGGAAGGUAAUCCUGGCUCAGUUAUUACUAUUCUUGGCUUUUAAUUUCGUUCUAACGCUGAGACCCCCUUUUCUCCACGCGAAUUUUAAUCGUGAUAUUAUUGAAAACACUCAAAGCGUACACCUCUGUUUGUUCUCUGUAAUUAUGAACACAUCUCUGCUUGCUGUUACUACAGUCGUCCAUUUAUCGUUUUUUUUUUCCUAUUUUGUUCGUUAUAGGGGACUUUGUUGGAAAGGUUUUAGCUUGGUGUAGUUUACUACCAAUUUUUAUCUUGGUUGGUUUCAUAACGUUGAUAAUCUUCAGACGCGAAUUACACACGGUAAGAUAGUCAAAUUCCUGGUCGAUAAAAAUUGCAGUUUCAAUUUUAUGUAGUAAAUAUGCACAUUUUCUCUCUUUACGAGUGUUCUUUCGGUGAUUACCCUGACAAGCUUGACAACCACUCCCACUUUUAAUAUCUGGUUAGGUAUCCCUGGCUUGUAAUUAACAUUAAUUAUUUUACGAGCCUGUGUAUGAUGCGAAUAAUUAUGUAGAUCAACGAGGAUGUUAUCAGAUAAUAGUCCCCGAAUAAUAAUUAUACUGACAACAUACAAACUAACAAACAAGUUAAAAAUAAUGCAUUUAUGGUGUACAGUUUCCAUAAAAAUAUUCAAAUGCACAUUACAGUCAUCAGUGAACAAUGUACGAUCUAAAAAUAAAUGAAUAAAAAUAAUAGUUUAAAUUUGAAAAUUUUCAUUAAAGUAUUACAAUGAGAGAAUGUUACAUACUAAAAUACAAAAUUACAAGACAUUUUGUUAACUAUGAUCAUGAUAAAAAUGCUAAACUAAAUAAUUACUUUAAAAACAUCAACAGACUUGGCCAUCUGACAUUGAAUAGUCAAGCUUUCCAGAGUCUUUUGAUGGCACGAUUGGAGGACCUAUCACCAAGUGUUUCUUUGGAUAUAAAAUGAGGAUAAUUAUAACUGUAUCAUGAUGGAUAGCUAAGAGAAAUAAGAAAUGAUAAAUGAAAGAGAGUCAAACCAUAUAAAGGGAUUUAAAAAGUAAUUAAAAGAAUUUUAAACUCAGUUUUAAAUCUAACUGGUUACCAGCCUAACUUCGUAAAUAAGCUGUGUUAUGUGACAAAUUAUAUAUUAACAAUUGCACAUUCAACCUCUAUAAGUUUAAAGACAGUUAUUUUUUUGUGGUGUUUAGUACCUCUCAUUUUCAUUUACAGACUGUAAUGUGUGGUAUUUAUACACAAAAGAAUAUUUUAUUCAACUGUAUUUUUAAUAAUAAUAUGGUUUGCUUUGUUGCAGAUGACAUUCCUUCUUGGAAUUUUAGUAAAUGAAGUUGUAAAUUUGAUCGUAAAACACACUCUGGCAUAUCCUAGGCUCUGUGCAGAUCACGUGUUUCCAAAUUCCUCUUAUGCAAUGCCCUCAGAUCAUGCUCAGUUUAUGGCCUUCUUUGCAGUUUACUCUAUCCUGUUUAUCUAUAUAAGGUGAGCUUUUGAGUUAAGCAGUAGACCUUUAUAAUAUACUGGUAUGUAUACAUGUAAUAUUAAAUGUACUGUACGGUGUAUGAGGUAGUCUACUGCUGACAAUUGGCUUUUAAAAACUUGCUCACUGAAGACUUUCUUUGUGGGCCAGUUUUAACUACAGACAAGUUUUGCCAUAAAGCAGUUGUUCUAAAUAACAUUAAUUGGUGUAUUUACAAUACACAGCAAUGUAUAUUCUUGAUGUACGGACAACACUUGCACUUACAAGACCCAUCAUUUUUAAUUAAAGCAAAAGAGCACAGUUAAAUCACAAAAAAUGCCUGCUUGAAGACUUGCAGAGAGUUGUUUCAUGCAAAUUUAUGGUAUUCAGGCUUCCUGCUUUGUUAUUGUCUGCCUUCUUACUUUAAUUCAGUUUGUCUUUUUUGACCAAUCCACAGACAAAUGUAGGACAGUGAGAGUUAAGAGUUUGAUGUUGGAUCUGAGAUAACAAGAAUUAAAAAGUUGACAGCUAUGGUCAACAGUAGAGUAAAAAAUGCUUAUUAGCUUGCCCUCAGACAAUGUCUAUCUCAUGAGGUACUUCUUUUUGUAGACUAGUCCAUUUUACUCAGUCAACCACUGUCUGGGAUGAUUUAAUAGAAAAUCUGUGGCGUCACUUAGUAGCAGUUGGUGUUGUGUUAGCUGCUGUUGCUGUAGGUUUCAGUAGGUGAGUGCAAACUGAUUAAUGUUGAAAAGAAAAGUAAUAAAAGGGAAUCAGAAAUAAAUAACAGUUGAACUUCCUCAAUAUGGACACCAAAGGAACAGAGCCUAUUGUUUGCAUGACAGGGGUACAAAUUAUAUAGAAUUCGGUAUCCUUAGGUCCACUGGUUUUUACAGUUAUGUUUUUUCCAUGAAAAACUCUACUCCUUAUUUUGUGUCGAAAUAUUUAGGGGAAAAAGUGUGACUUAUCUGCUGGUAUGUGUACUGUAUAGAACAGGUUUUGUCUCAGAAAACCCUUAAGUGAAGAAUUCCACCACUGCAUAUCAAAGUGAUUGUAAGAAAAUAAUAUUACAAGAUCACAGCUUCUUACAGGUACCAUCCUGAACCUGAGCACAUAAUUAUUCCCUCCUUUUGCAGAAUAUACCUUAGAUACCACACGCUACAUCAAGUGUGUUAUGGAUUUCUCCUUGGCUCUGCAAUUGGUGUUGCCUGGUUCAUGUUCACUCAAACAGUUUUAACGCCACUCUUUCCAACCAUAACAACAUGGUAAGUAGAUAAUGGUGAUUAAAGACUAAUUUUCCAAUUUUUUAAUAUACUGGGGUGAAGCUUUAUAACCCUUGUACAUCACACAGUUCUCAUACUGUCUCAUUUUUCAUCAUGAUGUGACAAACAAAUUGGGCAAAUUAAAUUACUCGUAUCAUUUCUCUUUGUUUUCACCUUGAACAAUUUAAUUAAUACUGUAUUCUCUCUUGUAAGUCACUCCAACAAUAAAUAUUUUUCUGUUCUGUUUCAGCCUUUGACAUGUGUGUUGUUUUAAUAAUCUUGUGGCUUUCUUUUAUUUGUGAUAAUAACUAUUUAGCUGUUGAAAUCACUAUCCCUCCCAAGUACAACAAUGACAAAAUACUCUGAAACCGUUACCUUAAAGUCCUCAGUAUAACAAAUGAUAUUCUUUGCUCCAUAAAUGGUAAAAUAUGAAGAGAAGUACCCUGAUAUGAUAAAACCCAAUUUUGAAAAACAUAGCAAUAAUAAUAUUAUUUUGCCACUCCUAUAGACUGCAAGCAGUCUCUUAUUUUUCUUUACAAAAUUGCUUCAUUUGGGAACACGCUGGCUGGGAUGAGAAUACAAGGGAAUUAAAGAAGGGUGGACUAUAAGCAGUCUACCAUCCCCUCGAUCCACCGUCCUGAUUAUUAAGGUUUCACUCUAGCUCUUUGUUUCCACAGGCCUCUAUGUGAAUAUCUAAUGGUCCGUGACUCGACUCUCAUUCCAUCAGUGAUGUGGUUUGAAUACACUCAAUCAAGAACUGAAAUGAAGUAA